AUGUGCCCACCAGGUGUCGAUCAAACCGAGCGGUCUCCGCAGAGGUUUUACAUACUGGCACCAAAACUACAAAAAUGCAUCCGAAAUCUUCAAUAUCUUGACAGGUUCUACUUGUUUGACUUGCUCCAGUCUAGGUCGUUACUACGUUCAAGCAGCGGCGAUUCUGUGGCCAUUUCUAGGGCACAUGCCCAAAAUGCCGUGACACACUCUCCAUUGGAACGCCUGCCCAGCGAGCUGUUGGGUCUCAUAUUCUCCGACGAGGGUCUGGAAUGCCGAGAUAUGCUAGCACUGGGACUGUCCUCGGCGUUCCUCUGGCAGCACUUUCUACGCAAUUGCGCAAAGAGAAGCGAUGUGGGAGUCCUCAGCGGCACGCCGCUGUUCAGUAUCGGAAACUAUCUGCGUCGCUUUCCUACGAGGGUGCCCGAGCUAUUUCCCGAGGUCAAUGACCUGAAAAGCAGAUUAGCGGAGGCUGGAUCAAGGCGACUGCCGGCCAGAGAAUGGCUCGUAGGAGUAGUAUCUUGGGGUGGCCGGAUUUUGGAAGACGGAGUGGUGCACAGCUGGAAGAAUACACUGGAUUCUAUCAAGAACCAUGGACUUGGCGUCGCUACGCUGCAACGACUCGAGAGCGACUUGCGGCACGUCGCACAAGAGCAGGGCAUCGGUGAGCCGGGCCAGAAGUGGUUCCUGCGCAACCUCCGAGCCAAGGAGUACGUGCGGCUAGAAGCCUCGCUAGAGCCAGACGAAUCCGCACGGGAUAUCUCAGAAUUUGCUGGCCAAGGAGCCAACAGUCGAGCUCUUGUAGCCACCGUCGUAUCCGCUCCAUGGCUGUCGUUGGAUACCGGGCUUUUCUUCAUGACGCUAUUUCCAAAGCCCGACCGUGAACAUGACCAAAUCCCUGGAGAGGCUGAGUGGGCAGGUCACGAGUUCGACAUUGUAUCGGAAAAGCAAUGGCAGAGCCUCGACCAUGGAGAAUGGGCGGAUGCCACAGACAAAAUGAGGGUAGCGUCCAGAAAGCUUAGAAGCAGUGUUUUUGGAGAGUACUAUUACGAUGAAGAUGAUGAUGAUGGCGAUGACGAUGGUUAG